AUACAGGAAAAACAUCGUCGCGAGCCAGGCCAGGCAAGCCGCAGGGGUGUGUAGGCAAAAUAACUACAUGGGAAUGAGAAGAAUAAACAAAACGAUGAUUCAGUCUGUGUGUCUGUCUGCACCCCACCAUAGCCCUGGAUCACUCGGGUAUGAACUGGAUGUGCCAUGCAGAGAAGACACAGCAGCAACACGGAUGGCAUGCCCUCUGAAAGGAGCCGUAGCCAAACCCUUGGAUCAGAAAGCAGCCUGGACGAAGGAGGUGUGUUUGACUGCCUGAAACCCGACUCGCCCACCUCCCCCCAGCAGCUCUUCUCCGGCCUGGUUGGGGUCGGGGUUCCCUCGGGAUCUGGUGUGCCCUCCGCAAACUUCCAGGCGGCUGGUCUUGUUCUGGGGACUCCUCCAGACGUCUUCAUCCAGAUGACUGCCUCCUCCAGGGAGGAAGGGGGGCCACACCGCUCUGAGUGUGGGCCCUACCUCCCCCGCCCGCCCCCGCACCAUCAUCACAACCACCACCACUUCCACCAGCCACUACAGCACCGUACAUCCGGAGAGAGGCAUGGGAACAGGGAGGAGGCCUCGGAAGACCCCUCUACACCAGCUCCGGCCUUGUCGGAGCUGAAGCCUGUAGUCACCUGGCUACAGAGGGGGUUCCCGUUCAUCCUGAUCCUCCUGGCUAAAGUGUGUUUUCAGCACAAGCUCGGUAUUGCUGUCUGUAUUGGGAUGGCCAGCACGUUUGCCUUCGCCAAUUCAUCAUUCAAGCACCAGGUGUCACUACGGGAGGAGAGGUCUGUGGUUGUAGCUCUCUGGAUGAUCAUGUUCCUAUCUGGAAACAUAGUGUAUCUCUACUACACAUUCAGUGCUGAGGAGCUGUACAACAGUCUGAUGUUUGCAAAGCCCAACAUAAACAGCUUUGACUUCUUUGAUCUAAUCUGGGCGGUGGGGAUCACCGACUUUGUUCUCAAGUACUUUACAAUCGGCCUGAAGUGCUUCAUCCUGUUUCUACCCAAGAUCCUCCUGGCCUUCAAAUCCAGGGGUAAGUUCUACCUGGUGAUAGAGGAGCUGAGUCAGUUGUUCAGGGCCUUAGUGCCCAUCCAGCUGUGGUACAAGUACAUCAUGGGAGAGGACCCGUCCACCAGCUACUUCCUAGGAGCCAUGCUCAUUAUCAGCUACAGCCUCUGCAAGUCGUUUGACCUCUGUGGACGAGUAUCAGCCAUACGCAAGGCCAUGGCAAUUCUCUGCAGUUCUCAGAGUUAUGGUGUGAGAGCCAGCAGCCAGCAGUGCAGUGAAGCCGGAGAUGUGUGUGCUAUUUGUCAGGGCGACUUCAGAGACCCCAUCGUUCUUCUCUGUCAGCAUGUGUUCUGUGAGGAGUGCCUGUGUCUGUGGUUCGACCGUGAGCGAACGUGCCCCCUGUGUCGAUCUGCGGUCAUAGAGACCCUGCACUGCUGGAAGGACGGCACCACCUCUGCCCACGUCCAGAUCUACUAGUGAUUGAUGGCCAGAUGCCCACCAGACACUGGGUGGCACUAUGGAGUCAAAUUUAGUAUGCCAUUAAUGUAUCAAGUCAGUUACUAUACCUUCUCUACACCGCUGUCACUAUCCCUAUCACACUGCUUGUCUAAGUUUGGCUUCAGCCAUGUCUUGCAAAGAAAUAGAAUAUUAACUUAUCUCAGUGUGACCCAGCACCAUGUGGUAUGGGUUAGUAUUCUGGCAAAGGGUACCUAUAGUAGUAUCUCAGUGCAACAAUUGCUUGUUUGCUCAUGUAUUUAGUUUGAUUUAGUUACUUAUGCAUUUCACCUGAUUUGUAGUGUAGAUUCAGCUUAUGUUUAAUGACAUUAUUUAAAAUAAAAAAACUUUAUAGAAAAAGUCA